UGGAGUCCGCGCUAACAAAGAUUCGGCAUCUAGACUGUGUGAAAGCUUGAGCCAUGGCCCGUCAAGGACAACAUGUCUCUGCCAAGAGUCGCCAAUAAGACUUAUGAAACCUUCAAGACGGCCGUAGCCUUCAGCUAUCGACUGACCUAGGUGUGCAAAGACGAUAUUUGACUAGCGCCUACCUUGGUUACUUCACCUCUAGCUUAUUCUCGGCUAUGUUCAUGUCCACCAAGUGAUCUGCCUCGAGUUUAUCGCUGCCGCGCCGUGCCGCCCAUGCCAUGGCUCUUUCCUACAAAACUAGGCAAAAAUGGAAAGCACCAGACAUACCGUGGCAUACCGUGGCUCUGUUCGCCGACCCCGAGGUUUUCCAUUGUCCCGAGCUAGCUUGAAGCAAAAUUCCAGACCUUCCCCAGAUUAUUUUUCAUUAUUUAAUUAGCAGAAGCCUGCGAUCGACCAACCUGGCAAGCAUUCUUCUCUGGGCAGACAUUAAACCACCAAGAUGGCUCCCUCUGCCUCUGAAACACCCGAAACCAAGCACGGUGUGGGCGAAACGAUUAGAACAGUCACCGUUCACGGGUCCGCUUUUGAGUGUGGCAAGAUGUAUGGAGAACAGGUCGCCCCGUUGAUCCACAGGAACCUCACGGCUUCGACGGAUAGGUUGAGGGGGAUCGGACAACUAUGGAGUACUUGCAUGGCCAUCGUCAACGAAGUCUAUAUUCCGGGAUUGCAGAAAUACUGGCCCCGCGGCUAUGAGGAGCUCUCCGGCAUGGCUGAAGGAGCCGACGUGGAUCUCGACGACCUUGUGCUACUCAAUGCCCGCGACGAUCUCAACCAAAUUCUGCCUCAGAUUGCUCAUGGUGACGUUUGGUGGGAAGACAUGGACCCUGAUGAUCCACACGGAUAUGGAAAAUUCCUUCUCGGACAGGGUCCAGUCGUAAAACCCAUUUGGCAGCCCGACGGUGAUAACCGUUCAAGCCGCGCUCGCCAUGGCGUUGUACUGGGCCCCGUCAAGCCUGAAAGGUGCCCAGACGAAUGCACUACGGCCUUCUUUCUCAGCCCGGCAACGCAGAACCGCAAUGUCAUCUCGGCACAAAACUGGGACAAGGCGCGGCGUUUUGACGAUCCAGAUUUCAUUAUCAACCUGGAGGUGCAACCGACGGACGGCAGGCCGGCCAUGCUCAUCACGACCGAGGCCGGCAUGCUGAUGGGGAGCGGCAUGAAUUCUGCUGGAAUGGCGGUCACAUGGAGCUCAAUGAAGUCGCAGCGGGACUUUGUCCCCGUUGACCACGAGGACCCGCAAGGCAACAAGAUUCGAUGCAAGCCACGGCCCAUGUUGCCCUUCCCCUUCCUUCGACGCAUGCUUCUCGAGGGGUGGAACAUGAAAGAUGUUGUGGACGGCUUCACCGAAAUCCCGCGCCACCUAUCUGGAAACAUGACGGUCGCGGACAAACACGGAACCGCGUUCACCCUUGAGAUUAUACCGAAUGAAAUAUACCGCGUUGAACCAAUCACGGUGCCAUUUUUACUCCACACAAACCACUUCUUGAACCACCAUACCUACCGCGUCCCAGGCACGGCAGAUAGGAUGAACAUGACUGACAGCGCGCGGAGGCUCAACGCUGCCGAGGCAGAAUUGGUGUGCUCGAAAUUUCUGGGCAACAUUACCCCAGACCGCGUCGUCGAGAUCUUCUCGGGCCACCGCGAGGGGCCUCUCAGCUUGUGCAAGCACGGAAGAGAAGACGACCUGUCCGCAGUCAAGACAGUAGCCUUCGUCAUGUACAACCUCGUAAAAAUGGAAGCCUUUGUCUGCAAAGGCCCGCCAUGCUCGGGCGUCAUAACCAAGUCAGACCUCUAGCGGAUGCCUGGUUUCGGAAACAAGUUGAGGAGCUUAGCACUAGACGUGGAGGUCGAGUCCCCGGAUAAGACCCUUAGCGGCUUAGACGAGAGUCUCGACGGCUCGGACGAGACUCU